AUGCGGGGCUCUUUGGGCGCAUUCAUCCAGUCCUGCGUGAUACUGCUGGUCCGAGCAGACCAGUGGAGGCUGAAGGACUCCGACAACUGCGAGCUGAACAAGAAACAAACCGACCUAAACUCCUUCCUGUGGACAAUCAGACGUGACCCUCCCUCAUAUUUCUAUGGUACAAUCCACGUUCCCUACACACGCGUUUGGGACUUCAUUCCUGAAAACUCUAAGCAGGCCUUCCAGGAGAGCAACAUUGUGUACUUUGAGCUGGACCUGACGGACCCGUACACCAUCUCAGCCCUGACCAGCUGCCAGCUGCUCCCUCAGGGCGAGAACCUGCAGGAUGUCCUGCCCAGAGACAUCUACCGGAGACUUAAAAGACACCUUGAGUAUGUCAAACUCAUGAUGCCUUCAUGGAUGACCCCGGAUCAGAGAGGGAAGGGGCUCUACGCCGAUUACCUCUUCAACGCCAUCGCUGGGAACUGGGAAAGGAAGCGGCCCGUUUGGGUGAUGCUGAUGGUGAAUUCGUUAACCGAGGCUGAUAUUAAGACACGUGGGGUGCCGGUGCUGGACUUGUACCUGGCCCAGGAGGCGGAGAGGAUGAGGAAGAGGACAGGGGCUGUCGAGAAGGUGGAAGAGCAGUGCCAUCCACUCAACGGGCUCAACUUCUCCCAGGUGAUCUUUGCCCUGAACCAGACGUUAUUACAGCAGGAGUCUUUACGGGCAGGAAGCCUACAGGUCCCGUACACCACCGAAGACCUCAUCAGACACUACAACUGUGGAGAUCUCAACUCCAUCAUCUUCAAUCAAGACACUUCACAGGUCCCUAACUUCAAUAAUGUGACACUGCCACCCAGCGAGCAGGUGACCGCCCAGGAAAUAGACAGCUACUUUCGACGGGAACUCAUCUACAAGAGGAAUGAGAGGAUGGGGAAGAGGGUCAAGGCACUGCUAGAGGAACACCCUGACAAGAGCUUCUUUUUCGCAUUUGGAGCAGGUCACUUUCUGGGCAACAAUACAGUCAUUGAUGUGCUUCGUCGCCAGGGAUACGAUGUGGAGCACACCCCUGCUGGGAAGCCUGUAAACAGGAGAUCCAGACCUGACUCACCAGAGUCAGACGACCACGAUGACGAGCCCCCUCUUCUGGAGCCUUUCCUCCAUGAGCUCCCUCACAAAGAGGACGAUGAGGGGCGUCCCCUGGAGGACGAUCUGUUACCCCACAUGCUGCUGCCACCGGACAGCCUGGAGCUGCUGGAGAAAGCAGAGAGAAAAAUGCUGAAGAAAAAGAGGAGGAACAAGCAGAAAAAGCAGCGGCACCGGCAUUUUAAUGACCUCUGGGUUCGCAUUGAGGAGAGCACUAUGGUCCAGUCUCCACCUCCCCCGCUGGUUCGCAUCAUCAACGGUUACAUCACAGUGCAACCACCUGACCGAGUCCACAGCCACCACCAUCACAUAUCUUCAGCGUGGACCACCUCCUCGACCUCAUCAUCUUUACUUGUCUUCCUCUGCACAUUGCUGACAGUGAUCCCACAGGCAUGGACUGUGUUUCUCGAGUAGAGCAUUAGUCGGGACUCUACAAAGCAGCCAGCCAUUCAAGAGGUUAAACUCUCACAUGUGGCGGUUUCCUGUAUCGCCUCAUGUAAAGUGAGAUCUGAGCGUGCAUCAUAGGACCUAGACGAAGCUAGAAAAGAGUGUGGUGAGUCGGAAACGGCAAACACGGAGCAUGGAGAAAGGAUGUGAAAUCAGCUAUGGCUAUAUGGUAACAACACACUCCAUGGAUGGUGGGUGAGAUCCACGUUGUGUUGAAUGGUAAGUCAUUUCAAUAGAGCAUGUCUCUUGCAAAUUGAGGUCUUCAUGGGCAUAACACGUUAGGACUCUUGAAACAUAAGUGUUUUAUAAGGUUUCAGUUAUUUUGCACACACACACACAGACACAACAAACACACACACACAGAGAGAGACACACAC